AUGGAUGAAGUCCUCAGAAUUCUACCGCACCUGUGUCAAGGUGUGUUCCUGGAUUACUCGGGCGCCCGGGGCCAGAAGUACCUGCAGAAGAACGGCUCGAUGCUGCUCAGCUACGUCUCUGGCGCCGACAAGGCCCAGUUGUGGUUUGUUAUUGAAGGGCAAUUCCAAUACUCUGACAUUUUCGCCAGAAAUAUGGGCACCUUCUUGAACAACCACCGUGACAGGAUGGCCAUCCUGCCAUUUGGGCCUGGAUGCACAUGCACUGACAAGAGCGUCCUGGAGGUAGAUAUCGGGAUGCAGCCUCAAGCGCUUUUCCAGAGGAUUUGGAGCAACUACCUUGAUCAUGGGGCCAGGCUCAUGGUGCAGUCUACCGCAACUCGAUUAUCGCCUACUGAACAUGCUGGAUGGUACAAUCUCGGUACCCAAGCCAUGGUGGAUAACUUCAUUGAUCAAUAUCAAGGGCUGCUCUUGCAGAACUAUUUGUCUGUUUCAUCCUACUGGGAGAAGUACGCAAAACAUGUGCCCGAGUACGUAUCGUUCCUUAGACCUGUUGACGCGCAGAACCUGUGGAUCGCUACUCUGGACUGA